UUGAAGAUUGUUUUUUUCUUUAGAUUUAUUUUUUAAAAUUAAAUGUUAUAUUAAAUAAUUAAAAUACAAUACUAGAAUCGAAUUUUCUCACAACAUAUCGAUUCACACCCGGUCCGAAUAGAGCACAAUGCCAGUCUUUCUCUUUACAAUCGAUCUGCCCAGCGGUCCCAACAAAAUCAUUGGCAAGAUCUAGAUGCGGGUUUUCCUUUAGCACACCCAAUUUGAAGAUUCCGUCUUCAAUAGAGUAUUACCGCAUAUCAGUUCAGUACCGGAUUCAAUCGAUUUCUGUGAAGAAUCAAAGAAGAAUGAGGAGAGGCGGCGGUAUUCUUGGCGUGAGAAAUGACGUCAGGUCGCCGGAGGCAAGCACUCUGAGGCGGCGGACUCAAUAUCUAAAAAGACGGGAAAAAUGGCUAGUAAUCCUUGGAGUAGUACUCCAUGCAGUUUACAUGCUCAGCAUUUUUGAUAUUUACUUCAAGAGCCCUAUUGUCCACGGCAUGGAACCUGUAAAGCCUCGCUUUGCCGGCCCUGCGAAGCGCCUGGUGCUCCUCAUAGCGGAUGGGUUAAGGGCUGAUAAAUUUUUUGAGCCCGACUCAGAUGGAAAUUUCAGAGCUCCAUUUUUGAGGAGUGUGAUCAGAGAACGUGGGCGUUGGGGAGUGUCGCAUGCGCGCCCUCCAACCGAAUCUAGACCUGGACAUGUUUCCAUUAUUGCUGGAUUUUAUGAAGAUCCUAGUGCUGUUACGAAAGGGUGGAAGGCGAAUCCUGUGGAGUUUGAUUCAGUUUUUAAUAGGAGCCGACAUACAUUUGCUUAUGGCAGCCCAGAUAUCAUUCCUAUAUUUUGUGGGGCCUUGCAGCACAGCACAUGGAAUCACUAUCCACAUGAAUAUGAAGAUUUUGCAACGGAUGCUUCAUUUUUGGAUGAAUGGUCACUAGAUCAAUUCGAGAGCCUUUUGAAUAGGUCUAGUGAAGAUGCAAAGUUGAAGCAACUUCUUCAACAAGACAAUCUUGUGGUGUUUCUGCAUCUGCUUGGUUGCGAUUCAAAUGGUCAUGCUCAUCGGCCAUACUCAUCCAUCUAUCUCAAUAACGUUAAGGUUGUUGACAAUAUUGCUGAAAGAGUUUAUAAUCUUGUUCAGAGUUACUUCAAUGACAAUUUGACAGCAUAUGUAUUUACAGCAGACCAUGGGAUGAGUGACAAAGGGAGCCAUGGAGAUGGACAUCCCUCAAAUACUGAUACUCCGCUUGUUGUUUGGGGAGCAGGUGUCCAAAAUCCUGUGCUUAUUUCUGAAAACCAUCACGAUAUUCCUGUUCGCUUUGUUGAUGAGCAUGUUCAUGAUAUACAUUCUCCGUCUGAGUGGGGUCUGGAUGACUUAGAGAGACAGGACGUGAAUCAAGCUGAUAUUGCACCUCUGAUGUCCACUCUUUUAGGUUUGCCAUGCCCAGUUAACUCAGUUGGAAACUUACCACUUGGAUUUGUUAAUUUUACUGAGGUGGACAAAGUUGAGGCAGUGCUGGCUAACACCAAGCAAAUUCUCAAUCAGUUUCUUAGGAAGUCCCAGCUGAAGCAAUCAAGUUCAUUGUAUUUCAAGCCUUUCAAGCCCUUGGCCAAUUAUUCUUUGGUAUUGGAUCAAAUUGAGCAUCUAUUAUCAUUAAGGGAUUUUGAGACUGCAAAGGAGCUAUCUGAAAAACUUCGUAGCUUGGCACACCAGGGUCUUCAUUAUUUUCAAACUUAUGAUUGGUUUUUGCUGAUGACAGUAAUUUCUCUUGGUUAUCUUGGAUGGAUGAUCUAUCUGAUAGUCCAUGUGUUGCAAUCUUAUACUACAUUGCCCAAAUUGUUAUUCAGAAAGGAUCAGUCACUUUACUCAAGGAUGAAUGCUGGAAAGGUUUAUUUUUCUGGAUGUUUAUUGAUGGGAUUACUAUGUAUUUUACUACUUGUCGAGCAUGCCCCUCCACUCUAUCAUGCAUAUUUUGCAGUGACUAUAUUUCUUUGGAUCCAAAUAUUUUCUGAGUAUCGAUUUCUAAAAGCACUUUGGAGGUUCAUGCUUGGAAAAGAAACUAUCUAUUUUUUCAAACUUGUGGCUACAUUUAUUGUAUCGGUGCUCAUCCUUGAAAUCCUGGUGAGAAGCUUUAUGGAUAGGAAGAUCUAUACUUGGAUUUUCUUGCUUGCUGGGUUUGUUGCUUCUGCUUAUAUUCUUAGCACCAACUCUUGGGACAUGAAAAUACCAGUUUUCAUAUGGCUUGCAUGUUGGUUUUUAUCUAUUUUCACUUUGAUGCCUGCUGAAAUUCCGGACAACACUAAACUAGUAAUUUCUAGUGGAUGCAUGAUUGUACUGAUUGGAGGAUCAGCAAAAUAUCUUGAUAUGAUUGCUGGAGAUAGUAAAUAUUGGUUUGAUCUGACUGAUGUGCCAAAGAACUUCAAAUUUAAUAUGCUUUUCCUUUUGCAGGUCCUCUUGGUUCUUUGUUCAUCAGUUAUGGUGUCUGUUUCAACCUCACGUAGAACAGAAAAACAAGAAUUGAUUGCUCUACACCAAAUAAUAAAUUGGUCAGUUGCUGGUGUAUCCCUGGUUCUCCCAGUUUUUUCAGCACCUGGUAUCUUGUCUAGGCUUACAUCCAUAUUUCUUGGCUUUGCCCCUGCAUUCCAACUCCUGUCAAUUGGAUACGAAGCUGCAUUCUACUGUGCUCUUGGUCUUGCACUUAUGGCAUGGAUACUUUUCGAACAUGCUCAUCUCCAUGUAAAUACUAGGAACAAAUCAUUAAACACUACAGAGGCUAUGGAAGAUGAUCUUGUUUUAGCAUCCAAUGAUAGAUGCUUGCAGUUAUCUGAUCUGCGGAUCCCCCUAGUAUUUAUGGUCUUUUUCAACAUUGCCUUCUUUGGAACGGGUAACUUUGCCAGCAUUGCGAGUUUUGAGAUUUCUUCAGUUUAUCGAUUUAUCACAGUCUUCAGCCCAUUUCUGAUGGCGGCUCUCCUUAUUUUCAAAUUACUGAUUCCAUUUGUACUUGUCAUAUGUACAUUUACAGCCAUUACCAGGUUGAUCAGUGUUCCACUGUUUGGGUUCUAUUUUCUAGUCAUAAUCUGUUCAGACGUCAUGACUGUUCAUUUCUUCUUCCUGGUCCAAAAUACAGGAAGCUGGAUGGAAAUCGGCAACAGCAUCAGCCAUUUUGGAAUAAUGAGCGCCCAAGUGGUGUUUGUUCUUUUGCUAUAUGCACUCACAACCAUAUACACAAAAGACAUUCGGCGGCCGCGACAGAAGCAUCUGUCAGAGAAGCAGAUGUGAUUGUGAGAGCUGAGCUCUACUUUCACCGGUACCCCUGCCUGCCUGUUAACGGUUUUGUUUAGGAAGGAACUAGGAGUUAGGACAGGACAGACAAAUUGAUUGUUGGUUGUUUGAAGUUUGAGUGGGAUGGUAUGAUAGAUUUAUUUAUGGUUGGUUGGGUUGUUGUAUUUGUUGGGUAGGUCAGGUCAGGUGAGGUGCCUGAGAUACGUACAUUGUCGCAUUGAUAUAGAUACAAAUCGGUGGUGUUCCAUCAUCUUCAUCUCCUUACUUUGUGAUGAAACACCACCAGCUAAGGUUGAUCAUUUAACAUGAGGCAAAACGAAUUAUCCAUGCUAUGGCAUAUAGGUUAUGUUUAGACACAUCAUUUUCAAGUUUUAAAAUUUUAAGAAUAAUAAAAAAUUAGUAAUUAAUAUGAUAUUAAGCAAAAAAAAAAAAGGGAAAAAAAGAAGGUUAUAAAUAAACAUAGCCACGAUGAAGCGGUAGAACAGGUGCUGCAUAAUAGCCCUCCCUAUAUACGUAGAUUAGGCCUCCCGUCGCAGAGCAGAAGAAUUGGCAGUGAGCGCUGCUGUGUUCUUCGAGCGAGCGUCUUCAAGAAGACGAAGAGGGGGUAGGAAGAGGAACGGUUCGGCAAGGCCAUUCUCCGCCGAUGGAGGAAGAGAGAACAUAUCUGUUGUCGAGCGAGGGUGGGAGAGAGGACCAGAUCUGUUAUCGAUCGAGCGUGAGAGAAUGGGUGGUGACCGAGAGGUUGCGGGCGGGGCUAACACCGGCGAUCGACGAUGAACUGGUUUGAGCGAGUGGGAGAGAAAGAAGAGGAACUGAUUGCCGGUUACGGCGAGGCUGCAUAAUAGCUUCGGGAAACAGUAGUUGAGUAGUGGAUUUCGGCGAAGACGGGCAGUAGCACCAGUGGCCUUAGGCGGCAGUGGGCGGUGCUUGGUCGGCGGUCCAUGAUUGUUCUGGCGCUAAAUCUAAUCGGAACCAUCUUUUUAUACAAACUGUGCAUUACAGUGGCCACAUAUAUUGGAAAAAACUGAGCGUGCAGGAGUUAUUUUGUCUUGCGAUGUGAGGCUAUGGAAGCACUGGAAAGAAAACAACACAAUAUUGUGGGGUACUGCUCCUGCUCAGUUGUUCCACCAUCCGAGAUACAUAUAUGCAUGGAGCUUCAACCAGAGCACAUGUAUUGUGAAGAUAAAACUACGCAUGUGCGCGAUCGACUUGCCAAAUCAUAUGAUAUGAUAUAGCUCACAGAUGCUGAUUGAUUAUGUUAUAAUAUUAGUAUGGCUGCCAUUUUUAUCUCUUGAUGUGCCACGGUUAUAUAUAACAUAACAACAUUCCACUUUGUGACCGUCGAUAUUCAUUAUGCUAUUUUGCUGGAGACUGGAGGGAACUAUUUUGGGAAGAUGUCGUUAGAUUGUUUUUUUCACUCCCUUUCUAUGCCUCUCUACACUAUUGGAUUGCACGUCGCAUUUUCUUCAAUUAUGGAUUUGGUUAUUAAGAAAAUACUACUUACCACUGCUGUGGCUCCCUA